CCGAGCGGCGCGGGGCGGCGGGUGCAGCGGCUUGGGCUCGGCCUCGGUCCCUGGCCCGGUCGCAGCAGCGCGAGCCUCCCGAGCGGGGAUGCGCGGCGGCGGCGGCGGCGGCCAGCAGGUAGCCGAGCGCCGCCGGGUCCAGAGCUGGCGCGCGGCCGGGCGCGGCGACAGUAGCGGGUCUCGUUCUCCUCACGAUGGGCAGGGACGCGCCGCGCUGCCCUGAGGAGCCCGAGCGCCGGUGAAGGCGGAGUCGCCGGCCGCCCUCCGCUGCCAUGGCCGGCCCCGGCGCGUGGAAGCGCCUCAAAUCCCUGCUGAGGAAAGACGACACGCCGCUGUUCUUAAAUGACACCAGCGCCUUCGACUUCUCGGACGAGGUGAGCGACGAGGGGCUUUCGCGCUUUAAUAAACUUCGAGUCGUGGUGGCCGACGAUGACUCGGAAGCCCCGGAAAGGCCUGUGAACGGGGCGCACCCGGCCCUCCAGGCCGACGAUGACUCCUUAUUGGACCAGGACUUACCUUUGACCAACAGUCAGCUGAGUUUGAAGAUGGACCCCUGUGACAACUGCAGCAAACGGCGCGAGUUGCUGAAGCAGAGGAAGGUGAAGACCAGGCUGACCAUCGCUGCCGUCCUCUACUUGCUUUUCAUGAUCGGAGAGCUUGUAGGUGGAUACUUGGCAAAUAGCUUAGCAAUAAUGACAGAUGCACUUCAUAUGCUAACUGACCUUAGUGCCAUCAUACUCACUCUUCUUGCUUUGUGGCUGUCUUCAAAGUCACCAACCAGAAGAUUCACCUUUGGAUUUCAUCGCCUAGAGGUUCUGUCGGCCAUGAUCAGUGUCAUGCUGGUGUAUGUACUUAUGGGAUUCCUCUUAUACGAGGCUGUGCAGAGAACCAUCCAUAUGAACUAUGAAAUCAAUGGCGAUGUCAUGCUCAUCACUGCAGCUGUUGGAGUUGCAGUUAAUGUGAUAAUGGGGUUUCUGUUGAACCAGUCCGGUCACCACCAUUCUCAUGCUCAUUCCCACUCCCUACCUUCAAAUUCCCCAAGCAUGGUAUCUAGUGGACACAGCCAUGGGCAGGACAGCUUGGCCGUUAGAGCUGCAUUUGUACACGCCCUGGGGGAUUUGGUACAAAGUGUUGGUGUGCUUAUAGCUGCAUACAUCAUACGAUUCAAGCCAGAAUACAAGAUUGCUGAUCCCAUCUGUACGUAUAUAUUUUCAUUACUUGUGGCAUUCACAACGCUCCGCAUCAUAUGGGACACAGUAGUGAUAAUACUGGAAGGUGUACCGAGCCAUUUGAAUGUAGACUAUAUCAAAGAGUCGUUGAUGAAGAUAGAAGAUGUAUAUUCUGUGGAAGAUUUGAAUAUCUGGUCUCUCACUUCUGGAAAAGCCACUGCCAUAGUGCACAUGCAGCUAAUUCCCGGAAGUUCAUCAAAAUGGGAGGAAGUGCAGUCGAAAGCUAAGCACCUCUUGCUGAACACAUUCGGCAUGUACAAGUGCACUGUUCAGCUCCAGAGCUACAGACAGGAAGCCACCAGAACUUGUGCAAAUUGUCAAAGUUCCAGUACCUGAUUCUAUGUCCUUGGGGUCUACGGCCUUAUUUAUCCCGCAGUCACAGACUUGAGAGCAAUAAACGCAAACCUAAUGGAGUCCCUGACAGCUGUGUCCAUGUCAAGCCCCAGUCUCCCCAAAACAGACUCUGUUCUGACUGAUAUUUGCAUGAUUUUCAGGCAAAGAAGUUCCAAAGUACUGUUUACAGAAUGAGCUGUAACUCUGAAGAUACCUCAUAGAAGACAAUCCAAGACCAUACUUCAUUAAUUUGACAGAGUACGCAACAUGUACAGGAAGACUCAGAAUUCAGUAUUUGCAACUAAAAACUACUUUUUUCGAGCCUUUUAUAUGAAGUCAGUGCUAGCAAACUCAGUGUUGAACUAUUUGAGAUUUUUGUCUAUGUGUAAUCUUGGCAUCCAGUUUCUGGAAUUGUGUUCUCUUUUUAUAAAAAUUAGCCCUCAACAGAUUUCAGAAAAUAUUUAUAUCCAGAAAAUGGAAUAAGCAUGUAUUCCUAAGUGUUUCAGAACUGUUUUAUUUCACAAAUAACUUAUAAGCAGAUUUUCCAGAUAGUACUGGAUUUUGAAUCUCAACAUUUUUGAUUAUUUGUAAUCUUGUCUGAAAUAUUCACAUUAUGCCGUCACUGUCCUUCAGUUAUGUAGGAAAACUUUAAUAUAAUUACGAAUGGCAGAAAUUAGAUUUAACCUCAAAUUCCCUUACCAUAUGAUGAUCUUAAACAGAGAAGCCAAGUGGUAGGCUGUGGAGUUUUGGAUUCUGUCUUGCUGUACAUCACUUCUGUGCUUUAUGUAGAAUUGUCUUAGGACAGUAAGAGACAACAGAGUUUCAGCAGUUGUCCAGUGUGCUCCUUAGAACUGUGAUGUUUGUUAGUAAGUUUGCUUAGCACCUUGUUCUCAGGUGUACUCAGUAUCAUCUGUGGACAUCUUCCCCAGUACCUACAAAUGGCCAAGACGGAGGUUAGUAACACCUACCACUGGAGUACCUUCGUUACUCCAGAGAGAAUUUAUGUUAUGAUAUAGGCUAGGGGUUCUCCACAGAUUGCAGAAACCCCCAAGGUACAAUCUUGAAGUUUUACAAUAAUGCCAUAGCAGAAAGAUACAAAGGCGUUGGGUGGAGAAAGCUCUUUGAGAAAACACAAGGUAAAAGGUUCUGUUUUGUCUUGUUUAGUUUUGUUUGACCAUGUAUGUGCACAGAAGAACUGAAAUAAGGAUGGACACUAAAGCUGUGUCUGGGAAGCAGCGUAAAUAUUUCCAAGCUCAAGGGAUGGCAGCUGACAGCAGUUGUGUUAAAGAGACAGUCAUGAAUAUUCAUGCUUCAUUCCCAGCAGUUGCUUCGAUAGGAGCUCCUUUCAGCUUAGACACUGUGGAUGGCUCUUGUCUCCUCAGAAUCAGAGUGGAGUAACACUGUCCCAAACAGGUUGUGAAGUCCUAGAAAUCCAAGUGACGUGUAAAUGAAGAGUGAGAAGUUGAGACAUUCUCUGUGUGUAAAACUAAAAUAAGAAAUAGGGUCAAAAAACAGCUGGUGUUACUCCAUAAAACUCAAUGGGUAUGUGUUGAAUUCAAAGUUUACUUUGAAAAAAACAAAAAGUUUACUUUAAUUUUUAUUGUAAGUCCAUUUAAAAUUAUAAAUAUUUGAACUUCAAAUUUUCUUAGAAUAUAAAUAAAGCAAUGAUUAACCUGAGUAGAUGGCAGGCAUUUAAGUGGCUGCCUGGGCAUUUGUGGCCUUUUGAUAGCUAGGGGAAAAGGAAAGUGUGCAUUUUAUACUUAACAUGUUCCCACAUUGGGUGAGUCAUUUCUUGUAAACAACCCUUUACCAUAGUGUGGGUAUAUCCGGAUAUUCAUGUUGACUUAGUCCUUAAGACCAGUUCUGGAAGUCUUAACUGUCAUAUUCACAUAAAGUGGGAUGCCUGAGGUCUCUGCGCUUCACCUUGCAGCAGGACCUAGACUCUGUGCCUCACUGGGUCCACAAGAUGGAAAGCUGGUAGACCUUAUGAGUUAAAAUGUCAACCCAUAGAGGAAGGACAUUAAGUCAGCAGUUACAUCAGGGACUACACAGCUGUGAGGUUUGACCUGUCUUUCCCCCAUUGAGACACAGUGCACCGUGGCACACCCUCUCAGUUAACUAUGAAAACUCUUUGCUCUGCAAAAAGCAGGAUCUGAAUUGAUUUGGGAGAUAUAGUGCUAAUCUUGUACUGGGAAACACCAUGGCAUUUCUCCACGGCAGUAUGUUCUAAGGAGUAUUUCAGAUAAUCAGUUACUGUAGACAUUAACCUGUAUUUCACACCUUGGGCCCAUGAAGUCUUUUGUUUUAGGAAGACUGUCUGACUAACAGUCUUGCUGUCUGAAGAAGACCAAGAACGCAGUUGAGUAAGCAUACUCGAUAGGCAGAACUGGAGCUACUGUGCUUCUUACCGGCAGCUAUGUUAACUUCCACAGCUAAAGGUCUUAAUGUGAGCAUAGAUUUUCACAUUCACAGCUUCCAUCCGCAUUGUUUAGCAGAUCACUAGAUGUCUUGGUUUACCAUUUUUCUUGUCAGUUUGGGGUAGAGGUUUUCAUUUUCCUCUAUGAUAUAUUUCCUGAUUAUAUGACUCUCAGUGUUCUGUCUUAAGCCCAGGUCACCCAUUUGCCAGUAUUUGUCUUAAGGAGAUCCUUCCCACAGUGGACACAGUGAAGAUCAGAGAGAUACACAAGCUUCUCUCCAUUUUUCAGAGAGUUUCAGCCAAUACUUAGAAAUACGUUUCCAGGUGAGAAAGGUUUUAAAACCUCAGAUCAUCCCCUGCCCAGGAUUUCUGCAUGGGAACAUGGUAGAGAAUAUGAGACAGAAAUAGACUGAGCAGCUACUGUGAACCUUUGAGUUUCUCACAGUGCCAGUCCGCAAGCACACUUAGAGAUUUUGAUCCUGAAGCCUACUUCAGCUCCAUCUGGUUUUCUGUAGUUAUAACCAUUGUUUCAUCAUCAUAUGAUGUUCUUACAGACUCUGAACUCGUUUGCUGUUGACUACCUUGUAUGUAGUAAACUGAAAGCUCUAGAAUGUGCCACUACCUAUAAUACCAUUCAGUUCAGUUCAUCUUUGGACCCCUCUUAGUUACAAAUGAUCAGUGACAUCUCACUAGCUACUGUCCUGAGGGAGGGAGCAAGUCUGAUCUCUAGGUAAUUGACUUAACAUCUCUGUAGCCAGAACACCAUUUGCAAACUCAUAAUUCCAACUCCAGGUCUGUCGAAUGAAUCCUAUGGACCAGGGCUGCAGAUUUGAUUCUACAGGUAGAUAUAUUGUUUGUGAUGUUAGUGGGAGCAUGCAAACUAGAGAGAAAAAUUAUGGGAAUUCCUCAGUAUUGUGUGUCUCCAUUUAGGCAACACAUCAGUGAGUUCUUGGUUACAGAAUGUUUGUUGGAGAUCAACAGUCAUUUUCUGAUUUUUAAGAUUGGUAAGUGUUUAUGGAGACCUUGCCAGCUAAAUCCAUGGCAGUGUCCAUUUAAAUAGUGCAAUUAAGAAUACCCCGAAAUAAAUGGAACCCAAAGUUGAAACGUGCCAGGAUGCCCCUUUUCUACCCAGGAGAAACCUUAUAUUUGGAAACUGUCUGCCUCUCUAAGUAAAUAUGUGAUUAAUAAGCCAUAUCACAGUUUAAGGAAUUGUAUAUACUUUCCUGUAUGCCCCUCCAAAAACCAAGUAUUUUGCAAAUGAUUGAUUUUAGAAAGAUUUUGAAGCUGGGGUUUAUCUGUGUAAUGAAAACCAGAAUCUUUGUAUAUGUACUGUAUUUGUAAUUUUCAAAUGAAAUUUCCUAUAUGAUUAUUAAAUAAAGUGUUGUUUUGCCUUGUGGUUUAUUAAAAACUUACAAUGUACAGCCACCUAAA